AGAUAGGGAGCGUAGGUACAGACGUUUAGUCAUUGGUGGGAAGGAAUCGGGCUGCUGUCACGGUCAGGUACAGAGACAGCAAGUCCGACUGGGAGAAGGAAUCUGGACCUGAUCGCUGUAAUGUACAUGAGAGGAAGCCCGAGCGCAAGCAACUUGUCUGCUGUCUCUCGCAUACGCAGGGCGAAGCAAAUCUCAAGCUCGUUGAGAUGAACACACGUGGCGCUUGUCUGCCACGUGUCGCUUUCGGAAUGGCUGCGGCGAUGUUGCUGUCGGUCUGCUUCUCUUGGUUCUGUCUGGUGGCGCUGACGUGUCACGCUGUCGACGUCCGGCAGUCCGAUGGUAAGCUAAAAAUAGCCAUCAUCGGAUCGGGAAUUUCGGGGACGUCAACGGCUUAUUUCUUAAGCAAUGGCGGGAAAGAUGACGGCGGCGGCGGCGAUCUGUACGAGAUCCACGUGUACGAGAGAUCAGCUAUGGUGGGAGGCAGGGUGGCUAUGGUGAACCUUAGCAGCUAUGGAGGUCACGUGUUCGAAUCCGGCGCCAGCAUCAUUCAUAUCAAGAACCGUUAUAUGAAGCAAUUCGCUGCUGAGUUGGGAUUGCGACCGGCUGUGAGUCCCGUCGAAGGUCGCUCCUUGGGAAUUUUCGACGGUCAAAAAUUCGUUCUAAAGUUGGGAUGUUCGUCUUCAUCCGCUGGCGGGAAGAGCUGGAUCGGGACCUUAUCCAAAUGGAAAAACGCGGGAACUAUGGGAUUGCGAUAUGGCGGGAGCUUGAUUCGUCUUCGCAGCUACGUAAAGGGCGAAGCAAAUCUCAAGCUCGUUGAGAUGAACACACGUGGCGCUUGUCUGCCACGUGUCGCUUUCGGAAUGGCUGCGGCGAUGUUGCUGUCGGUCUGCUUCUCUUGGUUCUGUCUGGUGGCGCUGACGUGUCACGCUGUCGACGUCCGGCAGUCCGAUGGUAAGCUAAAAAUAGCCAUCAUCGGAUCGGGAAUUUCGGGGACGUCAACGGCUUAUUUCUUAAGCAAUGGCGGGAAAGAUGACGGCGGCGGCGGCGAUCUGUACGAGAUCCACGUGUACGAGAGAUCAGCUAUGGUGGGAGGCAGGGUGGCUAUGGUGAACCUUAGCAGCUAUGGAGGUCACGUGUUCGAAUCCGGCGCCAGCAUCAUUCAUAUCAAGAACCGUUAUAUGAAGCAAUUCGCUGCUGAGUUGGGAUUGCGACCGGCUGUGAGUCCCGUCGAAGGUCGCUCCUUGGGAAUUUUCGACGGUCAAAAAUUCGUUCUAAAGUUGGGAUGUUCGUCUUCAUCCGCUGGCGGGAAGAGCUGGAUCGGGACCUUAUCCAAAUGGAAAAACGCUGGAACUAUGGGAUUGCGAUAUGGCGGGAGCUUGAUCCGUUUUGGCAGCUACGUAAAGGGUGUUAGCAACUUCGUCACAGCAGGAGCCAGGGCGGCUAACAUUAACCAUACCUCUGAAGCAUGCACGACAGAGGGCAUGCCGGUUGCAGGCCAUGACGAUUGUGGGGCUUUCACCAUCAAAACAAAGUAAAAUGACACAGACUUAUAUUCUUCUUUUACUGCAGCAUUCUUCACUGUUUUGCAGUUCUAGCGAAGGGUUUCCCACUUUUGGACAUUCUUGUACACUCUUUUCAGCGCACCUGCACAUUUUUGUCAAGGUGCAAGGGGGAGUUGUAAGGCAGAAGAUAAAAAAUGAAUUAAGUUUUUCUUG